GGCAAGUCACAGCUGGAGAAGGAUGCUAAGCCCAAAGUUCCCAAGCACACCUCAGUUAGCAUCUAUGAGGAGAAGCUGCUACUGAAGAGACUGGAAGCCUGUCCCAGUGCUCUGAGCAUGACCCCAGAGGCCCGCAGGCUGAGGCGCAAGCUGCUGGUGAGGCAGGCCAAGAGGGAGAGAGGGCUCCCACUCUUUGACCUGGACCAGGCUGUGAAUGCUGCACUGCUCCUGGUUGAUGGGAUUUAUGGAGCCAAAGAAGGUGCUGUCUCCAGGUCCCCAGUAGGGCAAGCAACAUACAGAACUACUAGCCAGGACUUCAGGAUCUUGGACAGAUACCCAACGAUGCUGCCCGCCACGAAGGGAUACCACCAGCAGACGUGUUUAUGGGAGGGAAUAGCUCCUGCUUUGGAAACCUGCAUGGGCAAGGACGUCACCCUUCACAUCUCUGCAAGCAACCCUGCUAUGCUACUCUACCAGAAGUUUGGAUUUAAGACAGAGAAGUACAUUUUGGAUUUUCAUGACAAAAACCUAGAGCAGAAGUCAGCGGAGAUGUUUGAAAUGCUGAUUUGUAGAAGCAGUCUGCUUGCAGCUUGGAGGGAGGAGGAGAGGGCAGAGGUGGCCCAGAUCUAG